CUCCCUGGCACGGCGGCAGGCUCGGCCACGUCACCGCCUCGCCAAGAGCGCGCUGGCGGAGCGGCUGCGCCCGGGCGGGAGCGCGGAGCUCGGGGGCGCGGGCAGGGGCGCGGGACCCAGAGGCCGGGGCCGGGGACGUGGCAGCCGCCUCGCCCGCCAGAAAGUUUCCCAGGAGUUGGCUGAGAGCGGGCCGGACCAUGAACGUGUUUCGUAUCCUGGGCGACCUGAGCCACCUCCUGGCCAUGAUCUUGCUACUGGGGAAGAUCUGGCGCUCCAAGUGCUGCACGGGCAUCUCUGGGAAGAGCCAGAUCCUUUUCGCUCUCGUCUUCACCACCAGGUACCUGGACCUGUUCACCAACUUUAUCUCCAUCUACAACACAGUAAUGAAGGUGGUUUUUCUCCUCUGUGCCUAUGUCACGGUGUACAUGAUCUAUGGGAAAUUCCGGAAAACAUUUGACAGUGAGAAUGACACAUUCCGCCUGGAGUUUCUUCUGGUCCCAGUCAUUGGCCUCUCCUUCCUUGAAAACUACAGUUUCACUCCUCUGGAGAUCCUCUGGACUUUCUCUAUCUACCUGGAAUCAGUGGCCAUCCUGCCGCAGCUCUUCAUGAUCAGCAAGACUGGAGAGGCUGAGACCAUUACUACUCAUUACCUGUUCUUUCUUGGGCUAUACCGGGCCCUCUACUUGGCUAACUGGAUCAGGCGGUACCAGACUGAGAAUUUCUAUGACCAAAUUGCAGUGGUGUCUGGGGUAGUACAAACCAUCUUCUACUGUGACUUCUUCUACUUGUAUGUGACCAAAGUCCUUAAAGGAAAGAAGUUAAGUCUUCCAAUGCCAAUUUGAAGGUCCUCAGAGAUGUUCUACACCUUAACAUGGACACGAAGCAAGCUAUUUGAAGUGUUCUCCUGGUGACUUUUACAUGACUGAGACCAAAUGUUAAAACUGAAGUCAGAAAAAUGCUUAGUGUGGAAUUCAGCAAAGCGCUGAUCAUUCUAUCUAGAAGACCUUCUCAUCAGUAUCUCCCUUAUAGAGGUAAUUAAAACUUGGGCCAAUUACAUAAGUAUGGUACCCUCACAAUGUCAACUGGACCAUCAUAAAAACCUUAGGUGUUUAACCCAUGAAUGGAUCAAGUCAACUGUUGCUCUCUAAGGCCCUAGUGUGAGACUCAUGCUAAGGAACAGCCAAUCCCAAUCCGGAAAUAUACCCUGCUGUGUAUAAGGCAAAAGCCCCAAAUGAAGAUCACAGACAGCCCUAAGUAUCAGGAGUGUACUGUUGUGAUUAAUUUUCACUUUCCAGGUAGGAGACCAUCAAGUUUAGGGAGUCAAGAUACAGAGGUGAUAUGACAGGUGGGAAAUGUUAUGAGGAAACGAAUACCCCAGGCUUUACCUACUAGGUACUGUCUUGUUGCUCCCAAAUUUUCGCACUAAGAACAAUUAAUCCCACCCCCCCUUUCACAUUUUUAGGUGCUAAGGUGUUAGUCAAUCAACAUGGUCUUGAAGCAAAUAAAAACUCUUAAGAGACUGUCACUGGCCUGUAGUCAGAAUUUUUUAAGCAAUAAAAAUCUCACACCUUAUUGUCAAGUGUUUUAUUUAUACCUACAAAAGAAACAAGAUGGUAUCAAAAGGACAAUUUACAAACUAAGAAUAGUAACAUAAGCUCUUAAGCUCUUAGCAUCCUGUGCCUGAACAUCAUACAUCUACAAAUCUUUCAAGUCUUAACGCAACAGGAAUGUGUUCAGAAACCAGCAAGGACAUAAAUAGAGAGCACUGAUCCCAAGCAAAAGCCACCAACCUUUUAGAUGAGAGAAGUCCACACAAUGAAUUGUUAGGGAGGGACUGGGGAGAAGCAGCCCCACAGCUUAAUAUAGAAAUCCUUUCCCUAAAUGAGUUUCAAUCGUGAGUACAAUAAUUAGCAUCAAAUGAGGAUUCUUCUGCUCACAUUCUGAAGCAAAGGCAGAACCUGAAUUAUGAGUGGCAGACAUAGAGGCAGAAGACUUAACUCUGGAGCUAUACAGGAAAAACUACUAGAUUUCAGCUGUGCUCAGGCCACAAUAGCUUUUGAAUUUUGGGAUAUGCUGUUAUUUUGACUUUAUGAUUACAAUAUCCCCGGUGGAAAAAGGAAAGCAAGUAGCAGGCCAAAUACCGCUUGCUUGCCCAGAGACCUUGCUCGCAAAGGGAUGCUUUCAAGACUUGCAAGAGAGUAGGACACGCCCUGUGGUGGCACCUUUGUGUUAAAAUAAAAUAAAAUAAAAUAAAAAUCAGAAUUUUGGUGUAGAAAAAAAUGCCUAUAAUGGACUAAUCAGUGCUUAGAUGAACUUUUUUUUUUUUUUGGGGGGGGGGACACUUUGGUUUGAAAGCACAGAGCGGUGUUGCCAUGUUUUUCCUGUGCCUACCGUCCUCCCUCAGCCUCAACUUCUAUAAGGAAGAGAAAAAGAAGUUAAGAAAGAAGAAAGUGGGGGGGUGGGGGGAGAUAUCAAAGUUCUCACAUGCAUACAUUUCAGCUUAUGCUGACAACCUACCUGUAUGUCGCACAUUCAACCACACUUUCAGUACCCCUCAGAAACAAUCCCUUCUCUCUCCCUGAAGAAUUUUAAGAGGAAAACAAAAACCUCAAGUAUUUAGAUAUUUUGAUCUUACAAACCAGCAAGCAAUCUCAGGCCUAAGCCAAAGAAUGCAGUGGAGGCUCCCCCCUUUAACUACACUGGGAAUGAACAAUAUCAAUAACAGUAUUAAAAAAUUAAGUCCCACACUAGAUACGAAGAGAUUUCUGAGGCUGUCUGAUCUCCCUGUCCUGUUACAGUGAACACAAGAGCAGAAAAUUCUUUCCAGGCCCAUCUGCUAUAUGAAGUCUCAGUAAAACGGUUGGUAUUACUAUGAAGGGGACAAUCUCACCUACCUUUCAGGUGGAGGAAAAGUAAAAGGACUUGGACUUUAGUCCACUACCUACCUGUAAAAAGCUGAGUGCAAAAGGAUGCUGAGGAAAGUCUGCACCCAAAGCUGUUACAAGCACUGCAGAGAACGGGAGUAUGCAGAGAGUAAGACUUCUUAAUAAACCCUAAGACCCUUCAAGAUAACUUGGCCAAAAGGGCUGAGUAGCUGGCAAAGGGUUGCUUUUACUCUAGCUCUACAAAUACUGAGUUUAAAAAGAAAACCUGCCCACGGACUAUACUGUUUAUAAUUAAACGUGGUUCUCACUCUGCAGGUGAAUGCAUAUUUAACUGGUUCAUAAAUUUCCAGUGAGCAUUUAUGUUCAUUGUGCUCACAGCAGCUGUCUGGUUGGAAAAUGAAUUUCACAGAUGGUCCCUGGUAACAUGGGGAAGAAAAAUAGGCAGCUUCCACCCAGAUGCGGAGAUGCUACAUUUAACCAUGACAAUAAACAUUUGGGAUUUUUAAUUUAAAGGAUACACUUAAAAAAACUCAAGACUCAGCAAUUUAAUUUCUAACCUGACAAUUAAAAUGGUUAUUUUUCAGUAAUUGGGAAGGGGGAAGGCAGAGUGUAAGGGAGACAAAGCCAAUUAGGAAUUUUUAAAAAAACUGUCAAAUGCAUUUAACAAGCAAUCAGCCAAAAUGACAAUGGCAAAGCACUGUCUUAAAAACUCAUCAGGCCUGAGGAACCCUGUUCCAGCUUGAAAAAACAUUAAAAAGCAUUACAGAAAAUGUGCAGGGAACUCCCUCUUGGUUUUCUAUUCCAGUAACGAGAGCAAUUUAAAGCACAGAUGCCGUCUUCUUCUGCAGAAUUCAACCCUCUACCCUCCCCCCCCCGACCGUAACUCAGGACAACAAAAAAUGGGCUCCCACAAAAGGGCCUAACACCUUACUUUUUCUUUUAAAGAUGAAAAAUAGCUCAAACAUCCUCAACAUGCAAGAAGCUGGGGGGAAAAAUCUCUUCCAGUCGGCUAUACAUAUAUAUAUACUUUUACAAAAUCUGUUAUUACAGACUGGAUCAUUUUGGCAGGCAGAAAAAACCUGGCAGUGAAUUCUAACUAAUCUGCAUGAAAGACAAAUCACAAUGGUUGGGAAAAAAAAUUAAAAAAGAAAAAGAAAGAAAAAGGGAAGAAGAAAAAAAGGAAAA